AUGGAGGCGGCGGUGGGGCUGCCGGAGGCGUGGUCGCAGGUGCGGGCGCCGGUGAUCGUGCCGCUACUGCGGCUGGCGGUGGCGGUUUGCCUGGGGAUGUCGGUGCUGCUGUUCCUGGAGCGGCUGUACAUGGCCGUGGUCAUCGUGGGGGUCAAGCUCCUGGGCCGCCGCCCCGACCGCCGCUACAAGUGCGACCCAAUCUCCGAGGACGACGACCCCGAGCUCGGCUCCGCCGCCUUCCCCGUCGUCCUCGUCCAGAUCCCCAUGUUCAACGAGCGCGAGGUGUACCAGCUGUCGAUCGGGGCCGUCUGUGGGCUGUCGUGGCCGUCGGAUCGGCUGGUUGUCCAGGUGCUGGAUGACUCCACGGACGCCGUCGUCAAGGAAAUGGUUCGGAUGGAGUGCGAGCGAUGGGCGCACAAGGGGAUCAACAUCACGUACCAGAUCCGGGAGGACCGGAAGGGUUACAAGGCCGGGGCUCUGAAGCAAGGGAUGAAGCACGGGUACGUGCGCGAAUGCGAGUACGUGGUGAUCUUCGACGCCGACUUCCAGCCGGACCCCGACUUCCUCCACCGCACCAUCCCUUACCUCCACCACAACCCGGAGAUCGCCCUCGUCCAAGCACGGUGGAGAUUCGUGAACGCAGAUGAGUGCUUGAUGACAAGGAUGCAGGAGAUGUCCUUGGAUUACCACUUCACGGUGGAGCAAGAAGUGAGCUCCUCUGUCUGCGCCUUUUUCGGCUUCAACGGGACUGCCGGUGUGUGGCGCAUUUCUGCGGUGAAUGAAGCAGGAGGCUGGAAGGACCGGACCACCGUCGAAGACAUGGAUCUGGCUAUCCGGGCCAGCCUCAAGGGAUGGAAGUUUGUCUACCUCGGCGAUGUUCAGGUUAAGAGUGAACUACCGAGCACUUUCAAAGCUUUCCGGUUUCAGCAGCACAGAUGGUCGUGUGGUCCAGCAAACCUAUUCAGGAAGAUGCUGUUGGAGAUUGUGACAAAUAAGAAAGUGACGAUCUGGAAGAAGUUUCAUGUCAUCUACAACUUCUUCUUGGUGCGCAAGAUCGUCGCGCAUAUUGUGACCUUUACAUUCUACUGCAUUAUCAUCCCGACAACCAUUUUUGUCCCUGAGGUUCAUAUACCAAAGUGGGGCUGUGUCUAUAUUCCCACAAUCAUCACCCUUCUCAAUUCUGUUGGAACUCCCAGGUCUUUCCACCUGCUUUUCUUCUGGAUCCUGUUCGAGAAUGUCAUGUCGCUGCAUAGAACCAAGGCCACACUGAUUGGCUUGUUAGAGGCCGGCAGGGUGAACGAAUGGGUUGUCACGGAGAAGCUCGGCAACGCUAUGAAGAUGAAAUCUGCUAGCAAAGCAUCAGCCAGGAAAUCAUUCAUGAGGAUAUGGGAUAGGUUAAAUGUUCCUGAGCUUGGCGUGGGAGCUUUCCUCUUCUCCAUCGGAUGGUACGAUGUUGCAUUUGGGAAGGACAAUUUCUUCAUAUACCUUUUCUUCCAAUCCAUGGCUUUCUUCAUUGUCGGUGUUGGCUACGUUGGCACAAUUGUCCCGCAGUCAUAACUGAAAAGCAUGUCGUCGAGAUCAUCGGCCUCCGGUUCGCAAUUCCUCAAGAGGAUUCAGCAAAAAAAAACACAAGCAGUGCAUAGCCAGUUUGAAGUAAAGAUCACGCAGUCUUCUCUCGAUUUCCGUCUUUUCUUCCCUUUUUGGAGACUGAUAUUGCAGCAUUCUCUUGUAUGUGCUAUUGUAAUAGAAAGUGAGGUGCAGCGCAGCGCAGUGCAAGGUCACUGCAGGAAUAUUGUGGUGUUUUUCUUUCUUUCUUUUUUCUUGUAGCAAGUACGUGCCGUGAUUAAGGGGAGCAGGAUGGUCGCUUCAAAGUUCAUGUAAUACUAAUAGUAUAAGAAGAAAAGGAGAGGUUCAGAAAAGUGUUGAGAAAAAUCAAAUUGUUCGACC